AUGGAUCCAAAGUGCGAAACCCAAUGCGAACUUGGCAAAUACGAGGAUUGCUGCCUUCACUCUUGUCACUGUGCAAAUGGAGAAAUGUGCGACGGUGUAACAGGUGACUGCCUCCAACAAGGGUGUGAACAGGGGUGGACAGGAUCGUCAUGUAACUCUUCCUCAGUUGAAGACCAAAGUGGACCAUCUGCCUUUCCGGUCGGUGCUGUUGCAGGAGGGGUAGUCGGAGGUAUGUGUGGUGUCGCUGUCGCUGUUGGCGUCGGAAUUUUCUUCUACAGAAGAAGACUUCGAAAACCGCAUCCAACAAAAUCAAGACAAACAUACGAAAACGCUCUGUUUGAUGAGCAAAAGCAGUCUGGUUCAAAUUCAACAAAGCAAACAAAUUCAGAUGCUCCUAAAAUUGUACAUCAAUGGGACGCAGAUGUUAAUUACUAUGAGUUUGAAAAAUCUGAACAUGGAAUUCAGAUUCGCAAACUGUGGGAUUACAUCAGAGACAAGAAGAAGACGGAACACUUUGAUCAAGAGUUUUCAGAGCUUUCCGCUGGUCUUGUUCAUAAACACGACGUGGCUGAGAGAGAAGAAAACAAAGGAAAGAACAGAUACAGGGAGAUAUAUGCAUAUGAUCACUCACGCGUGCCAUUACAGAAGGAAAGGGAUGGCGACUGCGAUUACAUUAAUGCCAGCUACAUAGACGGUUACGGUAAAGCUCGAAAGUUUAUCGCUUCUCAAGGUCCAACCAAAAGCAUGAUUGACGAAUUCUGGCGAAUGGUCUGGCAGGAAAAUGCUGAAAAGAUUGUAAUGCUUACUAACCUGAUUGAAAUGGCUACGGUAAAGUGCCUUCAGUAUUGGCCAGAAAUGGGUCAAACUUUCUCCUAUGGUGGGAUCGAUAUAUCCAUAACAGACGUUAAAAAGUUCCGGGAUUAUGAAAUCAGAACAUUAGUUGCAAAAAAGGCCCAAAGUAAAUCGAGGCGAAUUCAUCAGUAUCAUUUUAAGACCUGGCCAGACAAAGAUGUCCCUGACAAUGGAUGGUGCCUUGUUGAGUUCUUGAAUGCUGUUGAAACCAAUUCUGCAUCCGCGCCGAUCAUCGUGCACUGCAGUGCCGGAGUUGGCCGAUCAGGCACGUUUAUAGCUCUUGACAACCUCGUAGAUCAGGCAAAGACUGAUAAAUGCGUAAGACCAUUACAAAUGGUAGAAACCCUGAGGUUUCAACGAGUCAACAUGGUUCAGACAAAGGAUCAGUAUAUAUACUUGCACGAUGCGCUUGCCGAAGCUCUGAUGAUUGGGACGGAUCAUGUCUGGUAUAGACAGUUUGAAAAUGUCCAUCAAUUCAUGAUAGCAAGAGAACCGGGAGACAAACAAACAAGGCUCGUUAAACAGUUUCAGUUGAUCGAAGAAAGUCUUACAAAUGAAGCCGAGCAGGUGCAGGAUGGGCCAGAAUAUGGAAACAUGGAAACAAUUAUUUCAGAAAUCGACGCAUACCGACCGAAAUUGAAGAAACGAGGUGUGAGUUUUACACAACAGCUCGACGCAAUUCUGUUGCCGAGUUUUUUCGGAAAGAACACGUUCAUAUUGUGUAAAUCACCAUGUGAAGAGCAGCUGGAAGAGUUUUGGUCUCUUGUGGAGGAGCAGCACGUGAUCACCGUCAUCAUGCUUACCUCUACUUCCAGCCGAGCACACCAGACCUCUGUUUACAUGGGUGGAAAUGGUGCUGGGAAAGCUGGACGAUAUUCCGUUAACAUCAUACAAGAACGGAAAAACAAAACAUUUAAUGAAAGGAGCUUCACUUUAGGAGAUGACAACAAUAAGGAUGAAGAAGAUCUAACACCAAUAAAACAGUUUCAAUUCACUGGUUGGACUGAAAACGCAACAAUCCCACCACUGAAAAACAUGUUAGAAUGCCUCGAUGAUGUCAGAAAGUGGCAGCCGCACCUAGACGAAAACAGACCUGUGUUGAUUCAUUGCGAGACGGGAUAUGAGCGGAGCGGGUUAAUCGCAGUACUUCUGAAUGAGCUACAUCGUAUGGAAAUAACACGCGGCAAGAUCAACAUCGUGGAGACCGUGAAGACGAUGAAACAGAGAAACAGGGACAUAAUACCCAGUGCUCUCAGCAAUAGUCAUAACGGACCAACAGAAGUCUUUAUUCGACAUGCCGCCAAAGACGCUCCGAUCAAGAAAUUCGUUGUCUUCUAG